AUGUCGGGAUCAGAUCUUCACUCCUGUGACCUGUCGCAGGUCACCAUUUGUAUUGUGGUCCUAAUAGCAAGCAUUGACACAUUGCAGAAAAAACCACAGGUUGCCGUCUUUGACAGGAGCAGCAGCCAACCAAGACGGCUCGCUGCACCCAAGGUCCAGCAAACGACAGAAGGUGCAAACCAUGAUAAGUUUAGGGGUAUUGUUAAGCCAUGGUACAAGGAGUUCCCUGAAACCAUGUGGAAUAUUUCCGAGGACUCCCUUGAGACUCUUAAAAAGAAGGACCGUGAGCUGAAUCAGAGUAGAUGGAGCACCGACACGGACUUCGACAGUAGCUUCGCAGAGUCCGUUGUGUUUGACAAGAACCUCUACAAGUAUGGGAUUUUAGGCUGCAAGACCAAUGUGGAUAAGAUUAUGAAUGAGGGUGCCAUAUCUGCUUGUCACAGAGACAAAAUUAUCCGUUGUCUUGGAAAUAUAGAAGAUGACAUUAAGCUAGGAAAGUUUGAGUGGAAUGAUGGUGUGGAUGUACAUACAAAUAUUGUGAAAGCACUUGCUGAUAAGGUUGGACACAUACCAAAGGAUCUAGUCAUAACAAAUAAACAUGAAAGUUGCCUCAUGAUCCUCGAAAUGUGGUGCAAGACCUACAUCGAUCAAAUUAGGACACAGAUGAAACAAUUUCAGGUUCUUCCUCUUUCUUGCUCAUGA